UCACUUACUUGGGGUUAGGGUUGAAUUAAUUAACAAUUAAAACCUAUACGAAAUAUAUUAUACUCGAGUUGUCAAUAAUCCGAUAACCCCAUCACGUUGCAUCAUAACAUCAUUUGUAAAAUUAUUUAAAAAUGGACUUGUACGGAGAUGAUACUGAACCUGUAGACGGUGGUGAAGAUUUAUUCAAACCAGAAUAUAAAAGAUACAAGAGAAAGGACAGGAAACUCGAUCUGAGUGACGUCAUUGACUUGACGAAGCAGACAAAUAUGGACAAGGUGGAAGAAAUAGAACUACAGGCUUCUCAGCAUCCUGCAGUGAGGGGGUUAAAACCUCUGGAGGAAUGGAAAAGUUAUUCAUUCAAAGGUUUUCCUGGGUUCAUCUUUAUAAAGAAUCCCUUUGAGGAUGGACAACAAAGAUACUGGAUAGAGAGAUGUGUCCUGGAUUAUCCCAACAAACCAAGCAAAACCAUCUUAGAUAACUUGGUAGACAUGAGUGGUAUUGAUAACAUUUGGACCUACAGCCAGAAUAAGCCUAACUCAGACAUAACUGGAAAAGACAGUCUCAUCAUGAAACUUAGAUGGGCAACUAUGGGAUACAAUUAUGAAUGGAAUUCUAGA